UGCCUCCCUCUCCCCCAAUCAUCACUGGAGACACCGGACCAAUCAGAGAAGGCGACUCUGCCUCCUUGCUCUGCUCCACCAAUCACAGCAAGCCUGCCGCCCAAGUCGCAUGGUUCCGCGACGGCCAAUCGCUGAACGGCUCCCAGCUGGUGACCCCUGACCCCGACGACACCGUGGCGACCUUUGCGGUGAGCAGCGCCGUGACCUUUCACCCCCGGCGGCAGGACGAGGCGGCCAUCUUGGAGUGCCGGGUCACGCAGCUGGGGUCAGAGGUCGCAACGGCAACACAGCUUCUGACUGUCCACUUUCCUCCCCGUGUCUCUCUGCAGCGGCGUGAGACAAUCACGACAGUCGGACAAACGACGUCACUCAGCUGUGAGACAGAGGGGAACCCACGGCCCAGGAUCACGUGGUCUCGUCUCCACGGCAACCUGUCCGCGGAUGUGGUUGCCGUUGGCGACGGUCGCCUGGUCUUCCCUCGGGUGCGUCUCCAUGACGACGGGGAGUACGCCUGCCUAGCAACCAGCGUCGCCGGUUCGGAUACAGCCAUCAUGAAGUUGCACGUCACUGAGCCGACGACCACCAAAGGGACAUCACCGUCCCCCUCAUCAUCGUCAUCCUUCAACAACACCGGCGAGGCUUGGGACCCGGCGUCUCCGCGCGACUCUGGCGGGAGCAGAGACACUCCACUCAUCGCGGGCGUCACCGCUGUGGUGGUCUUUGUGUUGCUUUGUCUCCUCGUCCUCCUGGGGAGACAUCUAGCCGCUGGGCGUAAGGGUACGUACGUCACCCAUGAGGGUCUUCGUGGUGGUGACGACUUCCCAGAGUCCGAGAACCUCACGGGGGAGAGAGACACGGACGGAGACGCGAGGGAGUACAUGAUGUAGACAGACACAGGGACACACAGACACAGACACAGAGGGAGAGAGACACAGGGAGUACAUGAUGUAGACAGACACAGAGACACAGACACAGACACAGAGACACAGACACAGAGACACAGAGACAC